UUGGUGACCUUAUUCAUAUUAUAAAACGACGGCUUUCAUUUUUUAUCAGUUACACUAUCAGUCUAGGCAUUAAGUAGUACUGAAAAUAUAAUUUUCUUUAAGGAAUACGAAUGAUUAAAAUUUGAUAAAAGUAUUGUAUAUAUAAAUAUAAUUGUUAUAUAAACGCUAAAGGUUGCAUUACUCAUAAUAAAAUUACGAGUAUAAAAAACACGUUUCGUUCACGAGCACAUUAGUGGUUAGAUGUAAUAGACGCAGUACGCACACAUCUCUACCGACUUGAAAAAGCAGGACGUUCUCAACUAAACAAAUUUUGUGUGUCAGUUCUGAUCUAAAGGACUUUGUUGUGUAUUAGUCUUAAAAUUAGUAUAAUUUUGUAAAGAUCAAAGGCAGUAUUUUGUAGACACAACGUUAUAUUAAUUAUUUACUGACUUAGAAAAUGACGCGGAGUGUGUACGUCGUCGGAGUUGGUGUGACAAAAUUUGCAAAGCCGGGCACGAUAGGAGACUAUCCGGAAUUCGGGAAGCAGGCGGUGCAGGAGGCGCUUGUGGAUGCCGGCGUCGAGUAUGCGGUGGUGCAGCAGGCGGUGUGCGCGUACAUCGCCGGCGACUCCACCAGCGGGCAGCGCGUGCUGUACCAGGUCGGCAUGACCGGCAUCCCCAUCUACAAUAUCAACAAUGGCGGCGCCACGGGGGGCAGCGGGCUUUAUCUCGCGAAACAACUCGUGGAAGGAGGCAUUAUUGAUGUAGCCCUUGUACUGGGUUUUGAGAAAAUGAGUUUCGGUGCACUAAAAACCGCUACCCUCACUGACAGGGCGUCGCCUUACGAUAUACACGUGGAAAAAGUUCUAGGUUUAUUAAAAGACGCGCAACCUGGUGUACCGAUGACCGCACUCGCUUUCGGCAACGCCGGAAUAGAACACAUGAAGAAAUAUGGAACUACUGAGUUACAUUUUGCUAAAAUAGCAGCUAAAAACUACAGGCAUGCAUCGAAAAAUCCGAAAGCGUAUAACUCCAGAGAAUGUACAGUUGAAGAGAUACUAAGUUCUAGGAAAAUUCACGGACCGCUCACUAAACUCCAGUGCUGUCCGACGAACGAUGGCGCAUCGGCAGCUAUUCUCAUGUCCCACGAUGCCGUCGUACGUUACGGUCUCCAACGCAAAGCGGUUGAAAUAAUUGGCAUGGAAAUGGCGACAGACACACCAGACGUAUUUGAAAAUCCAACUUUCAUGAAAAUAACAGGGACAGAUAUGACUCGGCUGGCGGCUACGCGACUUUACAAGAAGACAGGAAUUUCUCCAAAGCAAAUCGACGUAGUAGAGCUUCACGAUUGCUUUUCUUGCAAUGAGCUGAUCUCGUACGAGCUCUUACAAUUGUGUGAGGAGGGCCAAGGUGGUAAAUUCGUCGAUGCUGGAGCUAAUACUUACGGUGGGCAAGUGGUGGUAAACCCAAGUGGAGGACUGAUCGCUAAAGGGCAUCCAUUGUCAGCUACAGGUGUGGCGCAGUGCGCUGAACUCUGCUGGCAGUUGCGUGGAGAAGCCGGUGAUAGACAAGUGAAAGGUGCGCGGAUCGGUUUGCAGCAUAACCUGGGGCUGGGAGGUGCUGCUGUCGUGGCACUGUACCGGAAAGGCUUCGCCGACCACUCCGUGCAAGCCAAACUUUAACUGUCGCACUGGUCGACACUGUCACUUGUUGAUACGGGUGGAGGAAACGGACAUAGCAACAGGCAAAUACAAUUAUUAUUUGGCACACGAAUAAAAAAUAUUAUAUAAAAAUAUAACUACUAUGAUCCAGGGGCGUUUUUUAUGGCAGUCUAUGGAGGAGGCCUCAGCAGUGGACAGAUAAUGGCUGAAACGAUGAUAAUUACUACAUAUAGAAUAGAACGGAAUAGAGUAGAAUAGAGUAGAGUAGAAUAGAAUAGAAAUAAUAUUUAUUCUAAUAAAUUUGUUUACAAGCUUUUUUAAA